GUUGAAAAACAUUUUCACAACCUGCAAAAGUGGCUCUAAAACAAAGGGAUCCAGUUGGAUGACACUGCCAAGCCCCAAAGUAAUGCUGAGGACUUGCAGGAAUUCAACGGAAACAAAUUUGGAGAACAUUUCAGGGAAGUGAUUUCCAAAGUGCCACUAGACAUUGAUGGUGAGCCCAACCCUUACUUCAGCAAAGGCCUGGUGUCUCACAUCAAUAAGUACUUUCUGCCCUACGCCCUCUUUCCAGACCCAACUCAGUCGAGAACAUCACGGGGGAGAACAGGACCCAGGGGAUAAUGGAAAAGAGCCAGUGGGAUCUAAAACAUAUUCCUUUUAGAUCAAGCAGGCUCACCAGGCUUGAUGACUUUGUUGUCAAGUACCAAAUCAGCCACACUGCUCAACUCAAGGAAUUUGAAGACUUCAUAAGAGUUUUCUGAACAAAGGUUGAUUCUUCACAUGACAUCAAGGAGCAAAAAUCCUCCCUGCAGGGAGAACCUGGCAUGCAACCUGGAGAAAAAACAUCACCAGCAUCAAACACCACACAGCCUCUGGAAAAAAGGCCUUCCUUUCCCAUCUCAGAUGGUGUGGAAGUCAGUGUAUGGAGGGCUGACCUCAGCAGUUUCAAGCCCGAUGCCAUUGUGAAUGCUGCAAAUGUGAACCUCCAGCAUGCAGGUGGUCUUGCCCUGACCCUCAGUAAAGCUGGAGGGCCAGAGAUACAAGAACAGUCAGACACAUACAUUUCACAGUUUGGGACUUUGAAAACUGGUGACACUAUUGUUACCAAUGCAGGCAAACUACCAUGUAAAAAAAAUGUGCAUGCUGUUGGUCCAUGCCUUCCACCAAAUCCAACUCAAAUAAUGGUUUCCACAGCAGAGAAGCACCUGAAACUGGCCAUAUCAAACAUUUUCAGAGUGGUGGAAAACUGCAAUUUCCAGUCUGUGGCCCGUCCAGCCCUGAGCUCGGGAAUUUUCAACUUCCCAGUGAACCUGUGCUGCAAAGUUAUAGCGACAGCUAUAAAAGAGUUCAGUGGAAACAGAAAGUCAGCAGCUACACCCCUCAGCAUUAACCUGGUGAAUAAUGAUAUGAAAACUGUUCAGGCAAUGGAAAGAGCAUGCCUGCAAAUAUUCACCAACAAAACUAAAGCAAGACCAAGUGUCCCAAAGAGCAGCAAGAAAGAUCUAUCAGCUGAAGAACAGCUCACCUCCUUGUGGAAAAGGAAAGACACAGAGGUUGUGGUUUCUGUGCUCCCCUCCCAGACAAAAGGAAAUAGUCUGAACAUACACCAUAGUGAGCUGCGUACACUUCAACCUCACCGGUGGCUUACAGGAGAGAUAAUUGAAGGCCUGCUUCAUCUUGCUGCCAAUCAGCUACAGAUGGGGAAUCACAUAUAUAUCCUAAAUCACUACUCAGCAGGUGGGAUUCUGUUCGGGGAAAGGCAGCAAGUUGCCCAAGGUGAACUUUGACAAUUACAAGAGAAUUAUUUCCUUUGUAAAUAUCAACAAUGUCCACUGGAAGUUUCUGUCCAUAAAUGCAGCCAACAUGACUGUUUAUCUGGUGGACCCUGCACAAAGUUCAACAGAGAGUGACGAUUCCAACCUUGCAGCCAAAAGAAUCAGGGAGUACCUGAAAAUGAGAA